AUGUCUGAUACUUUGCCCAUUUUUGAUCUUCGCACACAUCGGGGCGCGUUGACCUUUCCAGACCAAGUUAAUGCGUACCUGUCUAAAGAAGUCCAACUCGGCCGCAUUGCAGGGCCUUUUAACAAGGCUCUGUUCAUGCAGGGGUUUGUGCUCUCCCCUCUCAAUACCGUGGAAAAGCGGGAUUCCGAGGAGAGAAGGUCUAUCGUGGAUUUGAGUUGGCCGUCCGGUCAUUCAGUAAAUGAUGGUAUUCCUAGUGACUCGUAUUUGGGGGCACCACUUUCAUUACGCUAUCCUACAAUCGAUGACAUUGUGGAUGCCGUUGUUACUUUGGGCCGUGGUUGUUAUUUGUACAAGCGUGACCUUCGCAAGGCGUACCGCCAGUUCCCAGUGGACCCAAAGAUUAUCCUUUUCUGGGAUACACUUGGAACAAACAGUUUUAUUUCGACACCGUUCUCACGAUGGGAUUGCGCUCUACCGCUAUGGCGUGUCAACGCUCUACUGCUGCUGUUGCCUGGGUCUCAUCACAACAAGGACGCGUGGUGUUUAACUAUUUAGACGAUUUCAUCGGCGUGUCCCCGGCCUUUAACGCACAAACGAAUUUUCAGGCACUUGGCGAUUUAUUGUCUUCACUCGGGUUACACGAAUCUUCAGAAAAAGCAUGCCCGCCCUCUCCAGUUAUGAUUUGUUUAAGUGUCGAGUUGAACACAGACGCAUUAACUCUUUCAGUGAGCCCUGGGCGACUCUGCGAACUUGAACAAUUGCUGGAGCAAUGGAUUCACAAACGAACAGCAGCGAAGGCUGCCCUUCAGUCUCUCGUGGGAAAACUGAUCUUUAUUUCCAAGUGUGUGCGUCAGAGUCGCAUCUUUAUCGCCCGCAUUCUCAUUCUUCUACGUAAGGGUCUUUUCAAUCAUCAUCAUGUCAACUUGACCGCGGAAUCUCGCAAGGAUAUCGCGUGGUGGCGCCGUUUUCUCAGAGCUUAUAAUGGCGUCUCAAUUAUUUCUACAGCACAAUGGUCCUCUCCGGGCGAAGUGUUUACUACCGACGCAUGUUUGACGGGCUGCGGAGGACUCUGUGGCGACUAA